CGCCAUACUAAUAGUCAUAAAUAAAUCAAGCACAUCACAUAAGCAGCAGCAAUAAACCUUCGACAACAUCUCUAGCAAUGAAGCUCGCACCCAGAACAUGCCUGUUGGGCACCGUGUGUCUUAUUGCGGGGGUCAGGACAGCUGAUUCUGGUGGAACUGACCACAAGGUUACUGUAGGAAAAGGUGGAUCAAGCUUUGAACCGUCCCACGUCUCCGCCAAGAAGGGAGACACUAUUACCUUCACCUUUUUCCAGGAUGGACACACUUUGACCCAGACUCAUUUCAACAACCCUUGUGCCGGUUUGAAUCCGCCGUCUGAUUCGUUUUGUACUGUCACUUCUGCCACUAAAACCGAAUCACCAUCACCCACCGGCGAGUCAAAUUAUCCCACUGGCGGGUCAGAUUAUCCCACUGGCGGCGCGCAACCUCCCAAAGACUCUCAGCCACCCUCUGGAGGAUCACAGACUCCGCCCCAAACGCCGCCUACUACUGGCGACCAACAGCCUCCCGACGGGGGUGUGCAAACUCCUUCAAGCGGCACAGAUUACCCCACAUUCGGUGAUCCUUCGAAGAAUCCUAGUCCAAACACUACCACUCCUUCACCACCCACCGAUCCAACUCCGCCAACUAAACCAGUAGCCCCGACUCCUGAGCCUCCGACCUCCAAAGACCCCUCCUCAAACCCAGGCAAUAGCCCAACACCACCUCCAUCAAGCCCUCCAACGUGCCUGUGCCCCGCUCCGCCCACGCAGUCAUCCGAUUACCCAACUGGGCCAGAGGCAACCAGCCCUAAGGAGAAAACCUGCGACGCGAAAUGUAUCGAGGUAUCCGGAGAAUGUCAAACCUCGACCGACUGUGACGCUCAGAGCAAAUCGCCAAGCGACUCGAAGUGCAAGAUCGAGGACGGAAAGUGCAAAAAGUGCGGCCAAAGUAGCUUGUUCAAAAAGAAACGAAGUUUGGACCACUACAGCCUUGCAUACUUGAGGAAGAGAUUACUGCGCAGAGAUGGCCCACCACCCAUCGGCGACGGAGUGCAGAAGGUGGACAUUGGCAGCGCGGAAUCGCAGCAGGCCGAGAGUACUACUCAGCUGAACACCGCACCCACUUCCCAAGCUGGAACUGGUUCUGUAGGACAAGACACCACUGCUUCCGCCGGCCAAGGUGGAGACGUUUCGGCAAGCCCAGACGGCGCUUCCUCUUCAGGUCAAGACACCACUGCCAGUGCGCCUCCUAAUAUCGGCGUGGACGCCAAUUCCUCUUCUUCAACGCCCGGGCAAGAUUCAAAGUCCACUGAUCCAAAGUCCUCAGGCACCCUAGGUGCCGACAAAACUGAGGGCAGUGCACCAACGGGAUUAGAUUCUGGAUUCAUCAAAGUCAGCGAAGAGCAGAAAAGUACUGGCAAGAGCUGGAAGAUCCAAAUCACAGACGACAGCAAGCCUCUGUGGUUCAUGUGUGCUACUCUCCAUCACUGUACCUCCGGCAUGGUCUUUGCUGUCAACCCCUCCGAUUCUGGCGACAAGACCUUCGACAAAUUCGUCCAGGCUGCCAAAGCUAGCACCUGUCCUACUCAAUACCCUACCAAGACCAAUCUUCAAGGCGAUGGCUGUAAUGCACCUAAACCACCUUGUAGCAGCACCAAGAAAGAAAGCCCACCCACCGACACUGGUAGUGGUACUCCCCCCGUCAGCUCUGGCGGGAAUCCUGAACAACCAAAGUCCCCCGAAAAUCCCGAGCAGCCGAACACCAACACUCCCACCGUAUCUUCUGGAGAAGGCAAGGACCCCUCACCCACUGAUCCACCUCCGCAAAGCCCUCCUCCCCCCACGACGGCUGAGCCACCUCAGGGAAAUACCACCACUCCAGAGGGAAAAACUAGCGGCCAAGCCGAUCGGGUCGAUGGAACCUUGAUCUCAUUCAUUCUUUACAUCGCCAUCAUCUCCAUCAGUUUCUUUGUCUCAGGCGGCUCGCUCUAGUCCUCACCCGCUCAGAUCCACUCCUCCUACACAAUCAAACAAUGUAUCCGUUUUGCUUUCAAUUGAGUCGCUUGAUUUCUUUGGUUUACAUCCUCAUUCCAUCACUUCUGGGUCCCAUCUCCUUGUUUAAUAGUCUGUAGAAUUCGCAUCUUGUUCGCAUCCUUUCAAUCCAUCCAACCCAUCUUUCCGAGUUCGACUUGUUGUUGUCGAACCUUCUCUGCUCCUUCUUCAUGUACAUAAAGGUCUAUCAUUCCCCUGGGCCCUAGUAUUAGAGACACGUAUAGUUGACGAGCAAACUUAACAAGUCUC